AUGAGCUCAUUGCUGGUUGCGGCUAUCGACUUUGGGACAACGUACUCGGGAUUGGCGUUUUCCUUUAAGCACGAAUUCGAACGAGACCCUACAAAGAUAUCUGCGAAAAAUUGGACUGGUGGCCACCUUGUGUUUCAAAAAGGGCCAACAUGCGCUCUAAUUCACCCGGACGGUAAAACGUUGGACUCUUUCGGAUAUGAGGCUGAGAGCAAGUAUGGGGAGCUGGCUCUAGAUAAACAUCACAAGCAAUGGUUCUUUUUCAAACGCUUCAAGAUGAGCCUUUUUGGUAGAAUAGGCAUAGAACGGAAUAUACUGAUUGAAGAUGCAAGUGGUAAAAAGCUAAAAGCACAAACUGUUUUUGCUUUGUCAAUCAAAUAUCUUAAAGAUGACCUGCUUGAGAUGUCGCAAAAACGCAUUGCUGAUGAUGGAAUAAGAAGCAGUGAUAUACAUUGGGUAUUGACAGUUCCAGCAAUUUGGAAUGAUGCCGCCAAGCAGUUUAUGAGGGAGGCCGCUGAAGAAGCUGGUAUAUCGAAGGAGAGACUAACUAUUGCACUAGAACCUGAGGCAGCUUCAUUGUUUUGCCGACAUCUUCCGGUUGAGAAAAGUCUUGGGCGGGACAAAGUGUCACUGGCUAAGUUUCAAGCAGGGAAGAAAUAUCUGGUACUGGAUGCUGGCGGCGGAACAAUAGACAUUACCGUUCAUGAAGUAUUGAGAAACGGGAAUCUGAAAGAACUUCACAAGGCAAGUGGUGGAGCAUGGGGUGGAACGAAGGUUGAUGCAGCUUUCGAAGCCUUUCUGUCAGAGAUAAUUGGUCCAAGAGGCAUAGCAAAAUUCAAGGAAGAUCACAUGGAAGAUUACAUAGAUAUGUUCCGAGAUUUUGAAAUAAAAAAGAGAGACAUAGCGCCAAGUAAGAAUGCAAAAAUCACUAUGAGAAUUCCAAUUACACUUGUUGAUAUAGCAAACGAAACAUGUGAUAGACCUAUGAAAGAAUGUAUCGCAAAAUCAAGGUAUAGAGAAAACUUGGUCCUAACUGGAGACAAAAUUAGGAUGGACGCUGAUGUAAUGAAAAGUUUCUUCGUUAUUCCACUUCGGAGUAUUCUCGAUCACGUGGAAACACUUCUGGAAGAACCAACAGUCACCCGUUGCUCGGCAAUUGUUAUGGUUGGUGGCUUUUCUGAGUCUCCAAUGCUGCAGGAACAUAUUCAAGAUCACUUUCCAGACAUGAAGAUUAUCAUUCCAGAAGAGGCAGGUUUGGCUGUUUUAAAAGGAGCGGUUAUAUUUGGUCACAACCCGACAACUAUUGCCGAGAGAGUUUGUAAAUAUACUUACGGCGAAACAUCCACUCAUCGUACCACUGACAAAUGCAAACAUCCAAAAACAAAUUCAAAACUUGACGAAAAUGGUGAGAUGAGAUGCUAUGAUAUUUUCAGAGUUCAUGCUAGAAUAAAUCAGUCUGUUAAACUUGGUGAAGAACAAAAAGAGGCUACAUCUUCCCCUAUCUAUGACACACAAACAAAAAUAGGCAAAGAGAUAUAUGCUUCUUCAAACCCAAAUCCAGUUUUUGUUACUGAUCCAGAAUGCAGUAGGAUUGGCAAGUUCACUGUUCCUAUUCCUGACACGUCGUUAGGCAAAGCAAGAAAGUUUGGAACAACAUUUCUUUUUGGAGGCACAGAGAUUGAAGUAAAAGUUGUUGACAAAGCAACUGGCGAAGUUACAAAAAGAACAGUUGAUUUUCUUGGUUGAUUUAUGAAAUCAUUGGCUUGUUAGCGUUUGCUUUAAAGAUAAAUAUUUUCAAGUAGAUGUUUAUUGUAGGAUGAUGAUGAGCAGGUCUGUGUUUUUUUUAAUAUU